GCGGCGGGCGGGCAGGUACGCGCCGGCGGGAGGCGGAGCCGCGAGGCCGCGAUGGAGCGCAGCCCGGGCGGGCGCCGGCGCUGGAGCCCGAGCACCGGGCGGAGCGGGAGCCGAAGCCGAAGCCGCAGCCACAGCCCGCGCCAGGCCGGGGCAGGGGCCCGCAGGGCCGGGCUGCUUGCAGCGGCGGCGCCCGAGCCCCCCAGCGGCUGAGCGGUGACCUCCAGCCCCGCUCGCGGUUACCGGGACCCAGCGCGCGGCGACCGCUCCGACCCGGGCCCCCUAAGAUCUGCUUGCCACAACCGCACACCUCAAGACACAGAGCGACCCAGGUUCGGGGCCGUAGCCCUCCCUGCUGCUCCGGCACACAGGGAGCCCCAAACCCUAGGACAGCGCGAUCAGAGCCUCUUGCCAACAAGAAGCCGCGGGCACCCCAAAGCCCCGGGACCCGGGCGACCGAGCCCCUUGUGACGCCCUUCGCGUCCCGGCUCAUGGUGGUGGUGGUGCCCUGAGCCCCUCUCGGGCCGGGCUGACGAAGAUCGACACGGCGCCCAGACCCCCUGCCGCGGCUUCCCCGCGGCCCCAGCCCAGGGAGAAGAUGAGCAUGGGCUGCCCUGAGCCUGAACCGCUCCACUCCCUGCCUUGCUGUGGGCCGGGGGCUGCCCCUGUACCAGGAGCAGGUGUGCCUCUCCUCACAGAGGACAUGCAGGCGCUGACUCUGCGCACGCUGGCUGCCAGCGAUGUCACCAAGCACUAUGAGCUUGUCCGGGAGCUUGGUAAAGGGACCUAUGGGAAGGUGGACCUGGUGGCUUACAAGGGCACAGGCACCAAAAUGGCCCUGAAAUUUGUGAAUAAGAGCAAGACAAAGCUGAAGAAUUUCCUGCGUGAAGUGAGCAUCACCAACAGCCUGUCAUCCAGCCCCUUCAUCAUCAAGGUCUUUGAUGUGGUCUUCGAGACUGAGGAAUGCUAUGUCUUUGCCCAGGAGUACGCACCUGCUGGGGACCUGUUUGACAUCAUCCCUCCCCAGGUGGGGCUCCCCGAGGACACGGUGAAGCGCUGUGUGCAGCAGCUGGGGCUGGCUCUGGACUUCAUGCACAGCAGGCAGCUGGUGCACCGCGACAUCAAGCCUGAGAACGUGCUGCUGUUUGACCGGGAGUGCCGGCGUGUGAAGCUGGCCGACUUCGGCAUGACGCGGCGCGUGGGCUGCCGGGUGAAGCGUGUGAGCGGUACUAUACCCUACACAGCGCCCGAGGUGUGUCAGGCGGGCCGUGCCGAUGGCUUCGCGGUGGACACGGGCGUGGAUGUGUGGGCUUUCGGCGUGCUUAUCUUCUGUGUGCUCACCGGCAACUUCCCGUGGGAGGCCGCGUCGGGCGCCGAUGCCUUCUUCGAGGAGUUCGUGCGCUGGCAGCGGGGUCGCCUGCCGGGGCUGCCAUCGCAGUGGCGCCGCUUCACCGAGCCUGCGCUGCGCAUGUUCCAGCGGCUGCUAGCCCUGGAGCCCGAGCGGCGCGGGCCGGCCAAGGAGGUCUUCCGCUUCCUCAAGCACGAGCUCACGUCUGAGCUUCGGCGGCGGCCGUCGCACCGCGCACGCAAGCCGCCCGGGGACCGCCUGCCCGGGCCCCUUCGCCUCGAGGCUCCUGCACCGCUCAAGCGCACCGUGCUCACCGAGAGCGGCAGCGGCUCGAGGUCUUCGCCACCCAGCGUGGUGCCCGUGCCGGUGCCCGUGCCCGUACCCGAGGCCGGUCUGGCUCCGCCCGCACCCCCGGGCAGGACCGACGGCCGUGCAGACAAGAGCAAAGGGCAGGUGGUGCUGGCCACGGCCAUCGAGAUCUGUGUCUGAGCUGCUGAGAACAGCACAGCCGCUGCGGGAAGCCGCGUGUGCUCCGACCUGUGCUGGGGACAAGGAGCAGCCGCUGCGCGGCGGGAGGGAGUAGCGUAGACUAGGAGGCCCAGACACCCCGGUCGGUGGUGGGCUGGUGACAUAGCUAGCAGAUGACCGUGUGUGUGGCCGGCCUCAGCCCAGAGGAGCCGAGGCCCCUGACAGAGGCUGGUAGCUUGUGGGCCAGACUAAGCUCUGGAACCUGGACACUCCUGGAGCUUCACACCCUUGGCAGAUCACCCUACAAUCUUCCAUUCAAACCUGGGCACAGAAAGGGGGCUAUGGUGUUGGGCAGAGAUGGGCAUGAGACCCUUAGAAACUGGGCACUGGGUUGACAACAGAGGUGCCCAGGAGGUCAGAGGGAGAGAGGGCAAGCCCCCUAAAUGUAGCAAAAGUUGUGUGCAGGAACAGACCUGAAUAUUAGCGAUACCCCCUCACCUCCUCCUGCUGAUGGGGACUUGGAACCCAGAAGGGAGAGCCAUUAUUGCAGCCACGGAGGCCACUGGGAACAGAACUCCAGUAGGUGGUCCUCUUGGGGGUAGGGCAGCAGAUGGCAGGAGGCUUGGCACUCCUGUGUCCCCAGGGCAAGGGAGUGCGUUUACAGCCCAGCUGCCCCUUUCCCAGGUGUCUGUCAGAGUCACAUGUAUAAGCCGCAGUUGUAGGCCAGUACCCUUUUAGGGGAGGAGCACAUGCAUGGACGGGACAGGAAGUCGUUGAAGUGAGUGUGAUGUGUGUCUGGUGACUUGAGUGUCCAGACACCUCACCAGGCAGCUGUCAAGAGCCAGGCCUGUGUUUUACCACACUCCUCAGGGAACCCCAGGAGACACCUGCUGUUGGCUCAGGUUCCUAGGCAGCAAAACAGGACUUCACCUUGCCCUGGCUCUCCCUUGGGACCCCUACUCAAUAGGAGGCUUAAGGAACCCCGUAAUAACCUCAACACAGGGGGGCUGCGCCUUCUGCCUGGCACUACCCCACUGACCAGCCUGGGCUGCCUCUCCUGGGGUCCCUCCAAAAGUUCUGGGUCAUUCUAGGAGGCUGGCUGGUUAGCUACACCCCUCAGCCUGGAGCCCCCACCUCUACGCACCCCCUCACUCCCACCACAAAGGGCUAUAGGUCUCCCUGCCCUGCCUGAGUCCAGUUUACAAACUGUGGUUGCUCCAGGGCCUGGUCCCACUUUCCUGGGGUGCCACCACUUCCCUAGUGGACACAGGGCCCACAUAUGCCAGGUAAGUAGCAAACCCUCCUGCCAAGAGCUGAAUCUCAGAAGGCCCCCAUCACUGCCCUGGCCCACCUGGGGCCAUUAGGCCCUCCUUCCCAGCCGCUACUUCUCUUGCCUUAGGCCUGUCCACCCUGAUCUGCAAUAACAAGGAAGCGAGAUUCCACAGUAGACAUCCCGCAUCCCGCGUGCGCCCUCUCUGUUGAGAUCCUGUGUGGGAGGCCUCUCCCUUGUAGUAUCUAGGAUGGUAGUCCUCAGAAGAGACUGUAGGUACGUAGCCCAGCCCCGUUGAUCAGAGGCGGCAGCCAGCCUGGCCCUGAACCAGACUCAGGCUGCCGUCCUUGGAACUGUUCCUGUCAUUUGGGUUGGGACCCUUUGCCCCUUAGGAGAGGUGUUGGUUACAGAUGUUUACCUCAGUUUGUCACUGUUGAAGAAACAAAUAAUAAUAGCAAAAAAAUUAAUAACAUCGUAGACAUGGAGACUUAGAAGACAAAAUCCACAGAAGAAACCUCCCCCUUUGCAAUUUUUCUGUGAAGGUAUAGUUUGUUUAUGUACGCACACAUAUGUGCGUGUCUGUCUCACCCCAGGGCAGGCCAGAUCAUCUACUGACACCUGUCCCAGCCUGUGUGUCCCUCACACUGCCCCUGUCCUUUGGUGCUUCCCAGGGGCCCCUUUGAGCUGGCUUGUGGGGUGCAGGGGAGCUCCCUGGAUAGGAAGUGGGGCCUUCAGUUAGUUAGAGGUCUCCCACCAGAUCCUGUGAACAGAGCCCUGUGACUAUGAUGCUCCCUGAGCUCAGCACAGUGCUGGUGGCUGGCGUCUGUCCAAGUCUGGGGCAGGGCCUGGCUUGAACCCAAGCCCCAGAGCCUCACUCCUGUUUUGCCUCCCCCACCCCAUGUGUUUGUAAAUACUCUGGCAUCCUUUGGCCCUGAGGAGGUUUUUAAAUGUGUUAUUUACUUCUCUAACUAUGACAAUUGCUAUAAAAUAAAAAUUUAGAAAAAG